GAUCGAUAGUCGGUGCUGGAUUUAAGCUGCGAGCUGGGUUGCCCGCCAUUGCCUACUGCCUGCCUUCCUGCCAGCACGGCAGCUUUACCGUCAGGGACUUAACACAUUGGGAUACCUUGCUACCUGCUUCCUGGUGUACGUCAGCGAGCUCACGACAUGGCCGGGGGGCACGAUGUUGUAGCAGUGAUGCAGUCCCACAGUUCCAUGGUCGUGGUUCUCUGGCUGGCGGUACUGUGCUGUGACGUCAGUGGCUUCUCCAUCAGGCGUCGCGAGUCGCCCAGCACGGAUCUCUCCGAGGCCUUCCGAGUUUUGGAGCGUCAGCGGCGGCGGAUCCGAGAGGAGGACUAUCUGGCUGCCUCACGGCUGCCCGAGCCCCGAGUACAGCUCUCACCCUCAGAUCUUGAAGACUGGGGUCAGGGGGUACCUAGCAGGGAGGAGGAGGAGGAGUGGUUGCAAAAUGCUUAUGGUUUGUCGCCUUAUGAUGAGGGUUCAUAUGCAGUUCCCGAGCUUGUAGAUGAAUCAAGUGAGUCAAAUGAAGACCGUGUACCCGAGACAGUGGAAACAUCAAAAGAAGAAUUACAAAGCAUAUUUGGAGACUCAGAGAAUGGUGUAAAAAGCCAGGAUGCUGUUGAAGAACAUUCAGAGGAUGAAGUACAAGAUACCGGAAAAGAGGUUACAGAAAAAAAUGAAACUGAAGAAACUGGAAACGAAUUAGAAAAUCUUACUGAAGACGAAUUCAAAGCGUUAAUGAGCGCGGUAGAAAAAAUACAGAAAAGAGCUUUAAGUAAAAAAGACACCCAAAAUAGUGCUAUUAAAGUCCCGACAACGGACCCAGUGCCUGUUAGUAAAGAGGAGUUGAGUGAAGUGUUUGAUGACUCAGAGGAUGGCACUGAACCUGACUCGGAGGCUGUUGUAGAUGAAGUUGCAGAUGUUGCCAUCGGGGGACCGGCCCCUCCCAGGGGAGAAGAGCUUCAGGAAGUCAACGACCAAGUAGCGAACGAAGAUCGUUUGGGCGAAAAGGAUCCGUUAUCGUCCAUAGAGAAUUAUUGGUUGCUAAAGGAUUACUUUAACGGUGAUGAGAAACGAAAGAAGAGGUUUACGAAACGGGCACCUGUUGCCCAACCCCCAAACUCAGUGCCUCUGGAGGAAACCUACAUGCAAGAGAUCCAAACGCUCCGAGAUGAGAUCCAGCAGCUGAAGAUGGUUUCAGAACUUGAGGAUCUGGAAAACGAUGCUCUGACCCAGACGUUGAAUGAAGCCACGCUGUCUCAGAUGGAAGGCACGGUGUCAGAAAAGGAGUUCGGCUCUCUGGAGCAGGCCAUUAAACUUGAGGAAGCUCUGCAGGAUCUUAAGAACGGCAAGGUUGAUCCUCUCAUCGUGGAACUGAUCGCUGCCAAUGCUCUUGGUGGCGGUGGCGGGAUGAAACGCGGAGAGCCGGUUUGGAAGAAGGAGAAGAGGAUGGAUGAAGCGGAUCUGGAACAGAGCUAUCCAAUGUUUCCCAGUGACAAGCGAGCGGCCAAGAGGAUGUUGAUGCUGCCUAGCAACAAGAGGUCCCCCAAGCGGGUGCAGGAGGAGGAAGUGAAUCACUGGUAUGACCGACCCCUCAGAGAGGACGCGGAGCGGGAGGAGGAACAGAAGUACCUUGAUGCCCAGGAUGCGAUCGAUGCCAUGGUAGGACGGCUGGCAGAGUCAGAACAGAGCGACAUCACCGACGAUGACAUUGAGAAUCAAGGUAUAUACAACAGGAUGUCAGCGAUGCCGGCUUACUUCAAGAACACGGACAAGAGAGUAGCAACCUACCAAGACAGCACUCCGCCCGAAGCAGGUGUGUGUCCCUCUGAAGAGCUGCUGACUGACUGCAAGUUCGCCGACCUACAGGGUUUACCUAUCGAUGAUGAGGCCAGAGAGCUGUGUAACAGACAUGAGAUGUGUUAUACUUGUGGCGCUACUUCCCGUGUGAAGCAGGGCGAGUGCGACAGCCUCUACCGUGCCGAUGCUGAUGCGCUGUGUGAUGAUGAUGGCGACUGUGUGAUAGAAGCCGAACUCUUCCUCCGGGAACUCAAGCUGAAGCACCGUUACAGCACGUACUACGAGCCAGCCUGCGAUAACUCCUGCACAGAGGAAUAUAUUGGUCUCUAGAGGGCUCUGCAGAGUUAAUUCCCCUGUCUCCCAGAGACGGGAGUGUUUACGACUGAUUGACCGAAACAAACGUUUGUCCGACCAACCGGUGACGUGAAGCAAUUUGCGGAUAGCAUUGGCUACGACUGAUUGUUGAAAGGAUUGUAUAGCAGGACAGGCUUGAGAAGGCGAUGAAGGAAUAAGAAUUUAACCCAUGAGAUUGGACUUCCCACCGUGUGGAAACAAUAGACGGAGUGAUAUUCACGUAUUAGCCGUAGUUUUGUCAAACACGGAUGGUUCAAAAUCAUUUACAUCAAGACAACCAGAAACCACUCAUUGGUGUAUUCGUUUUAAUCAUUAGGUGUCUUUCUAAAGCAAAGUAUAGACGGUACUGGUUUGCGUUCUGCUUGAGUUUGUUGGUAGACUGUUUGGUGCUAGAUACUACGUUGGGUUAAGAGAGUACUUAAAGAUAUAUUUAUUUUAACAGAGAUGAUUUUGCAAGCUAAAUGGUUUCAUUAUAUUGUUAAUAGACAAUUCUCACCUUAGAUGUCGUUCUGUGGUCUUGUUUAUGUUGGUUUCAGAUGUCGUUCGUGCUAAAAUAAUCAUAUUCACUUUAAUUGUGCCAGGUGUGUCGUAACAUGGAGUUUAAUAAGUUACAUAAGUGGUUGUUACAUUGUCACCGUUACUCUGCGUUUAAUUACCAAGAACAUUAUUUCCGAACGCUCGAGCUUAUAGUAAUGUUCACGUUGACAAUCAACUGUUUUUCAUAUACAUAUCUGCUCUAUGGUCAAGUAUCAGUAAGAUGCUGAGAGUGUUGUAACAUUUGCAACGUAAAACUAAUCGCGCCAAGAACUCCUUCAAGAAAUUAAUUCCAAGGUCAGUGACCGGUUACAAAUUUAGUCCCAAACCGUCCGUGACAUACGGAUAACAUACAAAAAUGUAUGUCGCAGUCAUGUCGUAUUUUAGAUUUGAAGAUCAGUCGCAAAUCCUUUUUGAAAUAGUUAUUAGAUGUUCUGAUAAACUGAUGUCAUAACUUUAUCAUAGAAACUAUGUUAUAUAUUCAUGUAAUCACAGUCACAACUUGUUGAUGGCAACCUUCAACCACUUUGGUUCUGAGAUGUUUACAGACAUGAUAUUUCAUUAUGUUUACAAACAGAAAUAUUUCUGUCAUCUAAACCCACCGAGGAAACACAGCAUACAGAUGUUUCAUUGAGAACCUCAUCUUUCUAGCUAUCCACAAUAUAUUGUGAUGAAUGAUUUCUACGGGAGUAAUGUGCCCUCCAACGGACAGGUUGAACUGUCUUUGGUCAUUAAGAUACCGAAACAUGUUCAAUUGAUGUACAACAUGUAAAGACCUGUGAAGAUCCGGCGUAGAAUAAAUCGCCAGCAACCCAUACUUGCCGUAACAGGCGACUAUGCUUGCCGUAAAAGGCGACUAUACUUGUCGUAAGAGACGACUAACGGGAUCGGGUAG